UUUCCUUUAUGUCAUCAGUUAUGGUGGAAGCGCAACAAGUGUUUUGGAUUUAAUUGUUUAAAAGACGCAUGUGUGCUUGUUGAAUAUCGCGAAUUUACUGUUUUUCUUAUUUUUAGUUCCUAAGUGUUUGUGUAAAUAUCAAUUCAUGUUUUCCCCGCCCAAAACAUCUAUGAAAAACUCUGUGAAAGUUUUGGAGUUCAGGGCUUGGUGCUAUCCAUUAAUGCCACAAUCAUUUUCCAGGGAAUAAAAUGAAGAAAAGGCCACAGCAAUGUCAAAGGCAAGUUAAAUCAAAUACUAAUAUUAAAAGUUUUAUAAAUAAUCUUAAAGAGAAUGAUCUUCAUUUUGAAGACAAUCAGAUAACUCAAUGUGUAUUCUUGGGGGUUUUAAGGCUGAAACCAGUGCCUUCAGUAUUUUCUAGCAAUACCGUGCCUUGUUUAGUAGUAGAAAAUAAAUCUAAAAAGCCUAAAAACAAUAAUAAUACUAAGGAGGUUAACAAAAACGUUUCCAGAAAAAAAGAUAUAAAUAAGGUCAUAAGUGGGAGAAUUGGUAAAAAAAAUACAGAUAUAAUUAGAGCUUCCGUUAAAAAAGAACCUUUAAAGAAAGGUGCAAUUAAAUUAAAGUUAAACAUGAAUAAAAAAGAUACUACUUCCAAAGACUCACUAGAGUCAGUUAGGAUUUUACCAGAAUCUCUAACCAAAAUAACUUCUGAAUCAGUACUUACAAACAGAACAAUAACUUUAAACCCUAUAACCAAUGUACCAACAUUUAAUCCUGUUCAGAAUUUAUUUGCUAAGCUCAAACAACAAUUGGAUGUUAGUUUGAAUCGCCCUAGUUGUAGUAGUGAGGUUAAUAAACAAACAUUAUUUUCUGAUAAAUCUAGAACCGAUAUCCAACUGUCUUCCAAAAAGCAAAAGAAAGGUAUUAACAAAACAAAAAUAUCUUCCGUUGGUACGUUUUCUGAUAACAGUUCUCACCCUAAUAACAGUAUUUAUUCUAAAUUAACUGAAGAUGUAUUUUUAAUCAAUGAAGAUAGUACCAAUGAGGACUGUGAGGUUUUGUUAAAUACUGGACCGAUGCCCAAUUUUGUUUUGGAUACUAGUAAAACUGAUAAUGAUGUUAUACUAAUCACUGAUGAUAAUUCUGAUAUAUCUUCCGCUAGCAAAGAUUUAAUUGUUGUAGACGAUGUUAAAUGUGUUAGGUCAUCACCUAGAUUAAACAGAAACGAACAGAGGAGUAGUCCCCAAAAAAUUACUGCUACACCCGAAACUAUUAUAAAUUUAGAUGAUGGUGAAUCAAAUGAUAAAGAAAAAGUGGCUCCAAAAACUAAAGUAGAGAAACCCAAAAAACGACGAACAUUAAUGCCUUCAGCAAUUCCUUCUAUAUUUUUCAAUACUCCUAGAUUACUAAGAUCCGAACUUGGUCAAAAGAAAGGUUCUUUUUCUGAACCAAAGAAUGUUGCAAAAAAUUCAACAACAAAAAUACAGAAACCAGAAAACAAGUUAGAAAAAUUACCAGCAAAACAAAGAAAAGAAUCAAAGUUGAAGAACAGUACAGAAAACAUUAUUUACGAGGUUGUCAAAUCUACGGAAAAUAUAAGGUUAUUUGCAGACGUUGUUACUAACUCUCAGGAUGAUGUUGUUUUAGUAGAGAGGUCUCCACCAAAAGUUGAACCAUUAAUCUUGAAAUUAAAAAAAUCAACAGAAAAAACCGCUGAUCAAAAUGCUAUUGAGGAUAUAAGAAACAAAGAGAAAUCACAAAAAAUGUAUACCAAAAAUGUCACAAGAAAUCUCUUUUUCCCAAGAUUAUUGAGAUCUGAUAUAAACCAACCAAAGGAUAGCAAACAAGAAUCUACUAAAAAAUCUACAAAAACAAUUGAGAUAGGCAGUCAAAAAACAUCUCAAGCAAAAAAUGAAAAAUAUGUUCCAAGUGCAUCUAUAGGAAGAAUCAGUGUCAAACCUGUGGAGCAACUUAUAGAAAAAUCACCAAAACAGGAUGAACAUCGGAAAAACACUACCCAGAAAGUUACAGAAAAAAAUAUAGCAGUCAGAGAUACUGUUAAAAAGAAUGAGAAAUCAUUACCAACAUCUAGUAAAAUUUUGGGAUCUCAAGUACAAAAUGCUUCAAAUAUUAUAACUAUUGAAGAUUCCGAUUCAACUAAUUUAAUUGACAUUUUUUCUCAGAAUAAUGGAAAAAAUAAAAAUAUUGACAAUACAUCAUGUGAAUUACAAAAUCAAAGUCAGUUAAGAUCUGAUGAUUCUCAAAAUAAAAGCAAUGAGUCCGUUAUAGAAAAAAUUAGGAAAAACGUACCAAAAACUUCAACAAUUGCAGACAAUAUAGAAGUUAUUGAUAAUACAUCAUGUGAAUUACAAAAUCAAAGGCAGUUAAGAUCUGAUGAUACUCAAAAUAAAGGCAAUGAGUCCAUUAUAGAAAAAAUUAGGAAAAACGUACCAAAAACUUCAACAAUUGCAGACAAUAUAGAAGUUAUUGAUAAUACAUCAUGUGAAUUACAAAAUCAAAGGCAGUUAAGAUCUGAUGAUUCUCAAAAUAAAGGCAAUGAGUCCAUUAUAGAAAAAAUUAGGAAAAACGUACCAAAAACUUCAACAAUUGCAGACAAUAUAGAAGUUAUUGGUAAUACAUCAUGUGAAUUACAAAAUCAAAGGCAGUUAAGAUCUGAUGAUUCUCAAAAUAAAGGCAAUGAGUCCAUUAUAGAAAAAAUUAGGAAAAACGUACCAAAAACUUCAACAAUUGCAGACAAUAUAGAAGUUAUUGAUGUUGAAUUCCAAAGUAGUACUAAGACAACACCAACUAAAAAACAAGAACUUAAAAAUGCUUCUCAAGAACAAUCUCAUGUUAGACAACUAAGGUCAGAUUCACCACAUAAAAAAGCAAAUAAUGCAAAACCUGUUGCUAUUGACGAACUUAACAAAACUAAUGGAAAGUCUAAGACGCAUUCUCCUAAAACAGGGAAUGAUACUGUUGAGGAUACAGUCGCUUCGUCAUUGAAAUCUAAAAACAAAGAAGAUAAUGUAGAAAGUAUUUCUGUUGAUAUACUCAGUAAAGUACAAGGAACACCAACUGUUACUAAAACAGGUAAUACAUCAACUGGUACUAAAACAAAGAAUAUUGCAGUUGUACAGCCAAUGUCAAGACAGCCAACAGUGGAGUUAUCUCAGAAAAAGAUCGCUGAGAAAGAAACCAUCAAUCACAUUCAAAAUCAAAAUAUAACUAGCCUUGAAGAAAUUACAAAAGGUCCAACAAAACAUAUUGUUACUGACAUGUCUAUUCAUACAGAACCAGAGUCACAGCCUACACAUGAAAACACAACUGCUUUAACAACUGUUGCCGUUGGCCGAUUUUACUCAAGUGAUGUGACCCCGCAAACAGUUGUAUCUUUACAAGAACGUCGACAAUUAAGGUCUGAUGAUACAGUUGAUAAAAAUACUAAACCUGCAAAUCUAGAGUUAAAUAUAUCCAGAACAGAUAUUGAUAAAUUGAAAACCAUUGAAAAAGCUACAAGAAAAGAUUCCAAAACAAAAACAACAUCAACAAAGGAUAAAACCAAAGAUACAGAGUUAGAAGGUGGUAGUGUGCAACAGAAGACAGAAGCUCAAAAACAAAUUUCAGAAAAUAGUCCUACAUCAAAAUCAACCGAACAAUCUGAUCAGAAAAUAUUAAGAUCAAGUACAGUUCCUAUAGAGUCCAAAAAUGCAUCAAAUCAGGUGGAAGAUUCAAAAGUUAAGGCAGUAGGAGCUCAAGAAAACUUAACCAACAACAAAUCUAUAGCUUCUGAUAGAAACAUUAAACAGGACCCUAACACAAAUAUCAAAUCUAAAAUCUUAGAAUCAGAGGACACAUCUACCAAUUCCAAAAAGACUAUUAAAAAAUAUGGAAGAAAUAUACUUAAAUGCAAAACUAAUUCACCAACCAAACAAAAGAAAGUGAUAACUAAAAAAUCGAUAAAGAAACCAUCCAAGUCAAUUACAUUUAAAACAAUUACCAAAGAAGUGACAGACUCUGAUGUUUCCAUAAAUAAAGAAAUCUCAAAAUCUGAUAGUACUUCUACAUCUAAAAGACCAUUAGUAAAGAAAAUUGUACAUAAGUUUAAAAAGUUGGCCUCUAAGAAACAGUUAUUGAAGUCUACAAAUCUUUCAACAAAAAAACAGUCACCCAAAUUGAAGAAAAAACAAACUGCUGAUUCUCAAAUAACUAGUCAAGCAAGUCUUAUUGUUUAUUCUGUCAGAACUCCUCCUAAAACUGCAUCUAGCGCCUCUGAUAGUUCUCAAACUAUUACAAAAAAAUUAAAAACUCCUCAAAAAGAUACCAAUAAUAAAAUAUUGUCUGAUCCUCAAUCAAAUACAAUUUUUGAUACAAGUGAUAACGUAAAAUCAAAAGAUUGUUCUUCAGGGGUAAAAAUUCAAAAAACAAAUGUUCCAAAAAGCAACCCUUCAAAAUCUGAGAAGAAAACAGAAACAACAGUUUCUCUUAGAAAUAUUCCUAAUACAUCCACUUCAAACGUUUCUCAAGAGCAAUCAGAAAAUUUGGAUCAGACAAAGGCACAUUCUGCUAUUUCUUCCAGCAAAAAUGAUUCUACAAUUCAAACCAAAACAAAAUCCAGCCUGGUUCCUCUACAAAAGAAAGACAAAAUGAAACAGAAAAUUAAUUUUAAAUUAUAUAAGAAGAAAUUAACAAGAAAUCUACUACGUCCAAUUAAAAAGUCAGCUAAAGUUGCUCCAACUGCAGAUCUAAAAAUUAUUUCUGAAUCUAAUGUUAUAUUGAACUCUAGACGAAGUAUUUCAAAAUUAAAAGCACCAGAGGAAGCAUUCAAGAUCAACCAAAAAGAGUUCAACGAUUCAGAAGUAAUAAAACCAACAGGUCCUAGUGAAUCAAAAGUAAGCACCAAUGAAAGUGGAGAUAGUCCAGUUCAUGAAAAUGGAAAUACAGGAAACGAUAUAAAAAAUAAGCUCAUUAAAAAGCAGAAGGCACUCUCCAUAAAGAAAACUAUUGGUUCGAAGAUUGCAGCAAAUAUUAAAAAAACUAGUAUAAAAUUACAGAAUAAAAAGCAUAAUAUAGAGAUCAAAAAGAGAAGAGGCAGGCCAAGGAGGAAUCCCUUAGAAAUAAAAUUAGAUAAAACACCAACUUUGGGAAUGAACUUCGAAGUGAGUACACAAGAAGUUACUCUUGAUAAAGCUGAUAACGCAGUAUCAGAAACAACUGGUGAAGUAAAGAGAAAAGCUGGCAGACCUAAAAAACAGCAAGGGGAAGCUGUUUUAGACAAAGAACAGUUAAAUGCAGCAACUGGAGAAAAAGGCCCCAAUGACACUAUGUAUUGUCAUAUACCUGAGCCUACAGAAAGCAAAAAACAAAAAAUAGCAACGAAACAAAUAAAGGAAGAAAUUAUCAAGGACAUAAAUGAAAAAUCUCAGCUAAAUGAAGAUUAUUUAAACAAAACACGAAGUAGAUCAAAGAAACUACUUCUAGAUUUGACUUUGGAUGAAACACAAGUUACUGUAGUAGAAAUAGAAGAAGAAAAGGAUGAUCAUGAAACCAAAUCUCAACAAACAAACAAAACAGAUAGUAUCAAAAGGAAAAGAGGUAGACAAAAGAAAAUAUCAUUAGAUAAUACUUCGACCAAAACUUUAGAUACAGAAAUGUUGCUUAAACAAGAAAUCAUUGAUGAUGAAAAUAGAGAAGAAUUGGAUAAGACAUAUAACUCAACAAAUGAACCUAUUGAAAUUACAGUAUUUGACAAUUCACAAGUAACAGAAUUUGGUGACGAAAACAAAAUUGUGAAUUCAUCAGAAAUUGAUAUAGUUAAGAAAAAACGUGGCAGACCAAAAAGACAGACCGAAAUUACUUUAGAUGAUAUACAAGUAGAAUCUACAAAUGUACAAAAAAUUGUUAACAAAAAACCUACCAGAAGUUCAAUAUUAGCGAAAACGCAAGAUCAAGCAGAAGAUAUUUUAAGUGAAACUGAAAAUUCAAAUAUUCAAAUACAAACACUAGAAAUAUCUAAUGUUAAGAAUACAAAGCAUGCAAUAGCUGAAAAUAUAAUUGUAGAGAGUAACGAAAAUGAGAAAAUCAAGAGAAGGUCUGGUCGACCUAAGAAAGUAAUGGUAGAAGGUAGCAAAGAUGAAACAACUGUUUUGGAAGUCCAGUCAUGCCAAGGAAUAACUGAUGAUAAAAAUGACAUGUCACAAUCUAUGGAAUCUGUAGAUAUCAAGAAAAAUAAAAGAGAUAGCUUAAAAACAAAUACUAAUAAAUCAAAUAGGGAUCAAACUGCUGUUAUCUUGGACGACAAAUUAGUUUGUGAUAAUAGAGUUGUCACCCGACAAGAACAAAACAUUGAACAACCAAAGAAAAAAAUAGGGCAGGUAAGAAAACAAAUUGUGACUCCUUUACUUGUUGAAGAUAUUGUUAUAAAAUCUGAUGAAAAAGAAGAAAAUAACUUGGUACAGUCAGGCAAGAGUGCAGAAGUAAAGAAAAAAAGGGGUCGUCCAUUUAAGGUGUCUAGCGAAUUAAAAUUGGAAGAAAUGAGAAGAAAACAAAUCGAGACUCCUUUACUUGAUGAAGUUAUUAUUAUAAAAUCUGAUGAAAAAGAGGAAAAUAAAAUGGGAAAGUCAGGUAAGGGUGCAGAAGUAAAGAAAAAAAGAGGUCGUCCAUUUAAGGUGCCUACCGAAUUAAAAUUGGAAGAAAUGGGAAGAAGACAAAUCGAGACUCCUGUACUUGAUGAAGUUAUUGUUAUAAAAUCUGAUGAACAAGAAGAAAAUAAAUUGGCACAGCCAGACAAGAAUGUAGAAGUAAAGAAAAAAAGAGGUCGUUCAUUUAAGGUGCCUAACGAGUUAGAAUUGGAUUUAACAGAAGCAGGUCAAGAACAAAAAACAAAAAAACCAAAAAUGACAGGAAGAGAAAUCAAAAAUUUACAGAUGGAUUUGAAAUUAAGUGAAAAGACCUCAGAUAAAAAUACUGCCAAUAAAAAGAAGCCCCUACAGAAAACACAAGAAGAUCUGGAUGUCAUAAUGAUUGUACCUGAAAAGAGAAACAAAAAGCAGAUCAACACUCCAUUGAAAACUUUACGGUCAAGUUUAAAUCAAGUCGAAAAGAAAAGAGCAGUAAAUAUUGCCCAACCUACAGUGGAGAAGGUGGUGGCUUUAAUACACAGUGAACCUAGACCUAAACAACAACAAGAUGCUUCCGAAAUCACUUUAAAUCACAUUGAAGACACAAAGGAAAGCAAAACUAGAGUACUGAGAUCUCAAAAUGUAAACGAGAUUGAUAGUACUCAUGUAGUUAAAGAAGAUACUAAAAAGUCAAGACUGACCAAAGGACACAAAAUUGCCACAAAGAAAGGGGUUUCGGAAAAGAGUAUAAAUAUUAUUAAAAGCAAGACAAAGCUAUCCAAAGCAUUUACAGGUAAUAAAGGAGCUACCAAAAAGAAAAAUUUAAAGACUGACGUCAUGGACAAGUCGAAGUUGAAAAAAAUGUCCAACAAAUCAAAACAAACAGUACUAAAACAAAUCAAGACAAAGUUACAGAAUUCAAAAAAUAAGAAUGUUCUUAAAAGAAGUUCCAGAACAAAGAAAUCACCUUCUUUCAAUAAAAAAAGAUCUGUAGACUGGGACAACAACGAUAUUAUUGAAAGAAUCAUACAAGAAAUUCGAAACACACUAUUUAAAGAGGAAUCUAACAUUAUAAGGAAGAAAAUUAAACAAAAGAAAAUAACACUCAAGACACAAAAGAAAAAAAUUACAAAACCUGUAAGGAUUAAGAGGGAAGCUUUUCUAGCUGCUAAGAAGAAAAUGAUGCAGACGAAAGAAGCCCUGAAACAAAAAUUACGGAACGCCAAAAAUGAAGUGAACACAUCAGGUGAAUCUGAAUCGAAAGAAAAUAACCCCCCUAAGACAGAAAUGGAACAAUUAGAAGAUAGCAAAAAUGAGUGUAAGACUGAAGAGGUAUUAGUCGAGUCGACGCAAGAAGAUGACGUUAUGAUAACAGGUGAGACUAGUUUUCAGUCAGAUGUUACAAACCAAACGAAGAAAACAGAUAAACACAAGAAACCAGAGUUAGUCAACAGGACACGAAGAAGUUAUAGAAGUACACUUGUAAGUAGACAUAUGGCAUCUAUUGUCAUUGGUGAUGAUAAAGAAGGCGAAAAUAUCGACUCUAAGAAAAACGAUAUUACUGUCUUUGAUUUCGAUGAGUCUGAACCGGAAGUUACGCCUUUAAGACACAAAAGUGUCCCAAAAUUGAACGAUUUCGAAACGCCGCUUUUCGAAUGUAGAGACAAGAAAACGUCAAACAUAGAACUAAUAUCUUCUACACCAAUUAAUUCUUCUGCGACAAGUAACUCACAAAAAAGUUCAAUACUUAGAAGUGGUAGGAAUCCAGUUCCUCUCACUUCUGUAACAGAAAAUGAGAUAAUUGAAAUUCCUGAGAAUGUCAAACAGAAAACGUCAAAAAUAGAACUAAUAUCUUCUACACUAAUUAAUUCUUCUGCGACAAGUAACUCACAAAAAAGUUCAAUACUUAGAAGUGGUAGGAAUCCAGUUCCUCUCACUUCUGUAACAGAAAAUGAGGUAAUUGGAAUUCCUGAGAACGUCAAACAGAAAACGUCAAACAUAGAACUAAUAUCUUCUACACCAAUUAAUUCUUCUGCUACAAGUAACUCACAAAAAAGUUCAAUACUUAGAAGUGGUAGGAAUCCAGUUCCUGUCACUUCUGUAACAGAAAAUGAGAUAAUUGAAAUUCCUGAAUCAUCUGUAAGUGCUGUAGAACAAAAACCUACACUGCUUGAGGGCGAUUCAUCAUAUUCUCAGGAGCAAUUAUCUAAAAUAAAAAUUUUAAAACAAGAUCGCCUAUUCUCUGAGAUUCUGGUAUAUCCCGACGGAGAAGAAGAAAUAGUCAAGGAUAAGCCUGUAAGUAUCGAAAAAGAAAAUCCAGUAACUGAUGUUAAAGAACACAGCAGUCCAGAAGGUGGCGAAAUGCCCUGUCAAGAAUUAUCUUCGAAGCGCCGCAAAUUGCUGGUGCCUUACAUCGACGAUCACGGCAAACCUAAAAAGCUUUGGUCGGUCAUAGAAACUCCUCGUGUGCCAGAUACCCCUCCUAGACCGAUCACUCCUCGACAAGCUUUGUCAUCUCCUCGCCGUGUACGUAGAUCUAACAGUCUCGAUAUGGUUAAGCCGAGUACUUCUGCUGUAAAGCCUGCAGAAUCAGAUUCUCCGGAAGAAAAGAAAUCCCCCUGGAAACAGCCGACAAUCAUAGAAAUGUUCAGUAAAGUAUGGAUGAAAAAAGAAAUACCUGCUAAAAACUUGUCGGAAGAAAAUAAUUGUAAGACGGAAGAGUCGAUAUUCCAAAGGCCUAGUACUCCCGAUCUUAACGUUACAGCACCAAGCCCAAGAAGAGAUAGAGUCGACGAUGAAGACAGCGAUACUGAAAGCCGAGCCGAAUGGAUUCCUGAAGAAUAUGCAGAAUACAAAUUCAAAUACUCCAACAGCAAAUUGAUGCAGUACAAACCGAUUUUCAAGUGCAAGAUAUGUUUGGUGGUAGUACCUUCUUAUUAUAAAUUACUCAAGCAUAGAAAGGAACACGAUGUUGACAAGCCGUAUAAAUGCCCUCAGUGUUCGCAUAAUUUCUCGAAUGUUGAUGAUUUCUCCGCUCAUCUGAGACUACAUAAGGGUAAACACCCAUACAUGUGCCCAAAAUGUGACCUAGGCUUUUGGACUAAGAGUGCUUAUGAGGCUCAUCAACCAGUUCAUAUCCUCAAAAAAGCAAAACAACCUGUAAAGAAGUUCCGUUGUGAUGUAUGUGCAAAAGAGUUCAGCAAACUAUGUGAUGUGGAGCGCCAUACUCGUGUUCAUACUGGAGAAAAGCCCUGCAUUUGCAAUAUCUGCAAUAAACGCUUUCAGCAAGCACACAAUCUCAGUAAGCAUCUGUUGACCCAUUUACACAUAAAACCGUUCUAUUGUGAAAUUUGUAACAAACAAUUUGGAAGAAACGAUGUACUGAGAAGACAUUUGUUGACACAUUCAGUUGAUAAACCUGUGAAAUGUUCCGUUUGUCAUAGAGGUUUUAUCAGGCAUUCACAGUUACUACAACAUAUGAGAAGAAAACAUAAACGCCGUCCAGUAGAAGAUGUUGGUGAAUCCAACGCUGACCCAAAUGAGAGUGAGUCUAGUGAAACAAAGGAUGAUGGUUUUGAUAAUCAACCUAGUACUUCCAAGUCCGAGAAUGAAAGUCAUGACAAAUGAGUGUAAUGGUAGUAAAUGAUCUCUUAUUAUAGUUUUAAGUGAAGAAUGUUGGAUAUUACUGGUGCUGAAGAUGACUUGAAGUUGUUUUUUUGGGACGUUCUUUGAGUAACCAAAAUAGUUUCCUUUGUGGUGCUAGACUUUUUUAUUGACUGAUUAGGGAUUAAUGUCAAAACAUGGUGUAAGGACGAAUAAUCCCUGGACAAAAAAUUGCCACAAAUAGUCUCCGGAAAAAUUCCCACAAAAAAUGCUGGUCAAAUAAUCCCCACGAAUUUUUUUGGACAAAAAUCCCCACAAAAAAUUUCAGACAAAAAAUCCCCAAGACAUAUUUGCUGCUGAAAAGUUUUCCCGUGAACGUAAUCAACAAAAAUGUUUUUCAGCCUCAGUGCAUGAGAGUGUAGCAAUUGCCAUGAAACCGUCUUUCGGCACGAAAAUAAUGAUUAAUAAUAACUGAGAUUAAGCAUGAAUUUUAAUUUUGAUUACUAAAUUUCGAAUUCCAAUUUUCUUUUCCAACUGGUUUUCCCCACUACGGAUUCAUACCAAAAACUUCAAAUUUUACAUGACAUAAGAGUGAGUUUUUUCAAAAAUUGUGGAAAAUAUGGAAAAUGAGCUAAGGCUGUGGGAAUCAUGUUGUAAUUAUUCACUUAAAUCUUUUUCUCACUCCUGCUUUGAAUAACUCUGUUCAAAACAUUCUAUUCGUGAUGAUAACUGCUGGUCCUGAAAAUGAUAAUUUUGAUUGCAAUGCAAAAACCUGUUACUUUUUUGUAAAUUUUCAAUAAUAUUCAGUAGACAGUUUCAAUUCAAUGCAAGCAAACCUGUGUCAAAAACCUGUGGUCUGUGUUUUCGUAACAAAGCUAAACUUUCUUAAUAGCGCAAAAAAUUUUCAUGGACUGGUUAUGUAAAAUUUGAAGUUUUCGGCAUGAAUCCAUACUGGGGAAAAUCAGUUAGAAUAGGAAAUUGGAAUUCGAAAUUUAUUAAUUGAAAUUACCAUUCACGCUUUAUUUUGUGUCUCAAAAGCGGUUCCAUGGUGAUUGCCAUACACUCGUGCAUUGAUGCUGAAAAACAAAAUCUCCAAAAUUUUUUGGAGAUUUUUUGGUGUGGAUAUCUUGUCCGAAAAAAUGUGGGGAUAAUUUGACCAGAAUUUUUUGUGAUGAUUUUUUGUCCAGGAACAAUGUGUGGGAAUUUUUUGUCCAGGGAUUAUUUUUUGUCCUAGGUUCCAAAAUAUACAUUUCUUAUAAAUUUCAGUACUUACAGAAUGUUAUUUUUAGAUUGUAUUAUAUAAAUUAUACAAAUCUACACCACUCUUUAUACAUAUACAUAUUGUAUCUGCAUAUAAGUAUGCAAUUGAUUAUAAUAUUGUUUUAAAUUAUUACUGAUUGAGUUAUUUACCAUCAGUAAAUAAUAUGUUAUACUAUUGAGGAUUCUUUUUUUUAUUAUUUAAACGUUAAAUAUAUUGGGUAAAAAUGUGCCUUAGAUUUAGAGAUGUGUAAGUGAUUGUGUGGCUAAACACAAUUGUUUAACGAAAUAUCAAUGUACAAAACCAAUUGUGUUUGGAUAUGCAAUUGGGAGUUUAAUUUUGAUUUUAAAUAUUGUACUUUAUACAAUUAUAUUUACAAGUUUAGUUUGGAGAUUAUGUAACUCUAUUCUUAUAAACAUCAGUGUUUCGUUUUUAAUAGAGCUUCUAUGUUUGUGAUUUUAAUAAACUUUUUUGUGAA